GGAGUGGGUCACAAUUGACAGCCUCAAGGUUCCUGGCUUUUUGAACCACCACAGACAUCUCCUUUCCUGGCUACCCCACCCUGAGCGCCAGACACCAUGAACCUUCCUUCCACAAAGGUCUCCUGGGCCGCCGUGACGCUACUGCUGCUGCUGCUGCUGCUGCCGCCCGCGCUGUUGUCCGGGGCGGCUGCACAGCCCCUGCCCGACUGCUGUCGUCAAAAGACUUGCUCUUGCCGCCUCUACGAGCUGCUGCACGGCGCGGGCAAUCACGCGGCCGGCAUCCUCACGCUGGGCAAGCGGAGGUCCGGGCCCCCGGGCCUCCAGGGUCGGCUGCAGCGCCUCCUGCAGGCCAGCGGCAACCACGCCGCGGGCAUCCUGACCAUGGGCCGCCGCGCAGGCGCAGAGCCAGCGCCGCGCCCCUGCCUCGGGCGCCGCUGUUCCGCCCCGGCCGCCGCCUCCGUCGCGCCCGGGGGACAGUCCGGGAUCUGAGUCUUUCUUCGGGCCCUGUCCUGGCCCAGGCCUCUGCCCUCUGCCCACCCAGCGUCAGCCCCCAGCAAAAAGGCAAUAAAGACGAGUCUCCAUUCGUGUGACUAGUCUCUGUUCCUGUGCGGUCGCG